AAUAUUGAAUAAUAAAUGAUUACCAUUUAGUAUUUACAAUAUAGGUAGUUAUUGUUUUAUGUUUACUUUUGUGUUUCUUUUUUUGUGUAAAUAAUUGUUCUCAAGUCUCAAUUGAACACGUAAUUUUUUGUUUAAAAUUAGCUAACUGACGAAAAGUCAAUAAUGUCUUUGUACGACGAUUUCGAUGUCGUUAAACAAAAAUCUGACGGCUGGUCUUCGGGCAUGAAGCUCUUCCAGUCGCAAAUGCAGUUGAAAAAAGCAGCUCUAACUCAGCCAAGAAGAGAAGCAACUCGUAAAUCCACAUCAGUUUUAGCACCAGUAAUUGAUUUAAAGAAAAAAGAUGAUGACGAAUCCAUGUUUGACCCAGGACUUGGCUUUACAAUUUUUCCCAUGGCCCGAGAAGGAAAAAAACCACAACGUCCGUCAUUUCCACCUAUGGAUUGGACUUUUGAUGGCAAUGAAUAUGACCCCAUGAUUCCCAACGAUUACGAAAGAGUUGUUAGAGAUUUAAGAGACAUGCGAGAUAAAGAAAAAGAAAAAGAAGAUGAUGAAAGACGAAAACGAAGAGAAGAGCGAAAUAAAAAUAGAGACCCUGGUUACAAUAUGAUGGAUUUACCAGCUGGCUUUACACCCAGCACGGAAGAAAGACGCAAAACAGGAUUUACCGGAUUUGGUGGACGUAAAGAUAGUGAUAGCGAAGAAGAUGAACCAAAACCCAUGAGUAGAAUCCCUGGUGCUGCGAUCGCUCCACCACCAUCAUUGCAGGAAUCAUUUGUAUCAUCACCUGGACCUCAACAGUCUUCUGGAAUUGGCAUGGGCAUGGGUGUUGCUGCUAAAAUAAUGGCCAAAUAUGGUUUUAAGGAGGGACAAGGAUUGGGGAAGAAAGAACAAGGUAUUUCAGUGGCUUUACAAGUAGAAAAAACAAGUAAAAGAGGUGGCAGGAUUAUUCAUGAGAAACCAGGUGGUAACGUUUCACCACCACCUAUGACUCCUAUGGCUGCUGUGAUACAAGAUGAUUUUGUAGCGCCUGCUCCACCACCUCCUAAACCUCUACAAAGUAUCACAGAAAUAAUGAAAGAACAAUCAAAGGUAGUACUACUACGAAAUAUGGUUGGACCUGGUGAGGUUGAUCAAGAUCUUGAACCUGAAGUAAAGGAUGAAUGCAAUACUAAAUAUGGGGAUGUCAACAAAGUAGUUAUAUACGAAGUUCCAAAUGUUGAUCAUGAAGAAGCUGUACGGAUAUUUGUGGAAUUUAAACGUAUAGAAUCAGCAAUCAAAGCUGUUGUAGACCUAAACGGUAGAUUUUUUGGUGGUAGACAAGUAAAAGCUGGAUUUUAUAGUGCAGAAAAAUUAAAUAGCUAUCAGCUCCUCGAUUAAAACAAACUAUUUAAUAAUAUAAACAAUAAUUGCAUUGUAUAAUAAUUUUAAUAUAAUUGGACAAAUUUUUAACAAUAUUUUUCUGUAUAUAAUAGAUUAGGUUUUUUAUAUUAAUAUACCUAAUAAUAUGUAUGCCUCAGUUCAACCUGUAUUGCAAGACACCCUUGUUGCCGAUUAUAUUGAUGAUCUCAUGAAUUCAUGAUAGUCCUCUUAUAGCUAUGGUCAACUUACAACCUCAAUUGAAUCUUUUUUCUGUAUGGUACUCUAAAUGGAGAAUAAAAUUAAACCACAACAAA